ACAUAUUCAUAACUCUAAUUCCUUUUCUCAAUUGGUCAGUUUUCAGUAAUUUUCGUUUUUUCGUGCAGAUGAAGCACUCAGUUCUCGUUCUAACUGCCGUUACCCUGACCCUCAUUUUGAGGUGUCAUGCACAGAUAGACUGCAACUCGGCUCCGGCUAACAAGAAAAACAUAAAAGCUUACUCGGACAAAUGUCUUGCCAACGGUUUCCCGACGAAAAUUGCCGGAUGUGUAACCAUAGGAUCUAAUACUUUGUCCGGAAUUCGGGCGAAGUCGUGCAGGAAACUACAUCAACGGAUUAACGCCUGUGCCCUCAAUUGUUUAAAAGCAGGAGCAGAUGGAGUACUUUCAACUACAGAGGUCGAGAACAUCGCAAGCAAAGGAAUGGCAAAACAGUCUGAUACCAGUGGUUACGGAAGGGCUGAAAAAGCUAUUGAUGGCAAUAAUAAUGGCAACUAUCAUAGCGGGUCUGUAACCCACACUGAAGCAUCUGGUAGUAACGCCUGGUGGUCGCUGACAUACCCUCGCUCAAUGUUUAUCAAGGAAAUCCAAAUCUUUGGAAGAACAGAUUGUUGCUCGGAACGAAUUGAUGGUGCCUCUGUCUUAAUUGAUGGCAAGAAAGUAGGAACAUUAAACCACAAUGAUGGAGCCCCUAUGGUUGUGCCGGUUAAUAGAGUUGGCUCCGAGAUAAUGAUCAGAAAUAAAGAAGGUGGAGCCCAGCUUUCUCUUGCGGAAGUUCUGGUGAUGGGGGCUAAAAUAGAAGGUGAUCCUUGCAAAGAUGGGUGCGACAAUAUCGCAUCAGAAGGAUUAGCAACGCAGAUCGACACUGAUCACAAUGGAGAAGCUUCCCGGGCCAUUGAUGGCAAUACUUCCAACAGAUGGGGAUCGAAUUCGAUUACCCACACUAAAACGACAGGGCCAAAUGCCUGGUGGAGAUUGACAUUCCCAGAGAACGCGUACAUGGAACAAAUCAAGGUUUAUGGACGUGAGGACUGUUGUGCUGAUAGGCUCGAUAACGCCACUGUGUAUGUCGAUGGUGAACUUGUUGGGAUUGUGAACUCCAAAAUAGGAUUCCCCAAUUUGAUCAACAUCGCCGUAAGCGGACAAGUGAUAGAAAUAAGGCCAGCAGGCCGCCAUCCUUUAUGUCUCGCUGAAGUUGAGGUCAUCGGCAUGUUGAUGCAGUAGAGUAAAAAGGAGCUGACGCUGAUAUACGAAACAUUCUAAUGAAAAGAAUCAUAUCAGUUAUAUUCAAUAAUUUGAUAGCCUGUUGCAGCAAUUGGAAUGAUUUUUAAAACUUCGUUGUUUUCACCUUAUGUAAUAUUUUAACAUGGUUUUUAGGGUUUCAAACGUUUACUUUUAGACAUUAAAAUAGACCUUGCAAUUAA